GCGCCACCAUACUACCAUCAUGACCGAGCGAGUCCUCCCUGGCCAGACUAUCUCUGAGUCUCCGAUACACUCGCCGGAUGACUCCAAUAACUCUUCAGAUACAGAGAGUCUCUCAGAGCUAGAGGAGUCUGUCGACCACUUGAGUUUUGGGCAUCCGCUGGAGAGAAUGGUGCCUGUGGAACCGUUGAACGACUCGGACGGUGCGGGUCGAAGUAGCUUUUAUCAAUUGCCUUCACGGUCGUCUUCGUGCUCUUCGACCUCAUAUUUCGUAGAUUACGAAGCCGUGAUAGACGAAUAUCUAUCCACGUACGCUGAUUCGAACUACAAAGACCUGGUCUUCGUGCAAUCGGACUCGGACUGCUUCUCGCCCGCAUGCUCCCUCAUCAUUAAACGAAUGUCCACGGACAGCCAGGAAGCUUACGUCCUCGCAUAUCUGAACUCUGACGAAGUCCGCCAAGACCCAUGGAAUCCUGCCCCACGAGUGCUUUACGCCGCCGAGCGUGGGGACGAGACCAUCGUCUGCAUGGAGAGACUCUUCGAGUUUGAUCAACCACCAUUCCAGACAGUUGGCAAUGUUAUCGAGUUCAUUCGUCAAACUUUAGAAGGCCUGGCAUUCCUCCAUGAAAACCGGGUCAUCUUACACUCGUACGGCGACCUGCACGGCACCAUGAUGGACAUCGGCGGCAUGUCACCCGAUAAUUUUGACCGUACGAAAUAUCCCGUGCGCUAUUAUCGCAUCAACUUCUCGAAGGCGGAGCAGCUUGAACCCGGAGUCUCAGCACAUUACAGUGAAUUCCAUAAGGACGUGCAGGACUGCGGUGCCACUCUGGAGCGUAUGCUAUUGAACGUACCCAAAGCCGGUCCUAAACUCAAGUCACUCGUAAAUGCCAUGAAGGGUGGAGGUUUCGGCGGAGAAGACAGUCGGAAGCUCUUCGAAGCGUUGUGCAAGACUAUCAGCCACGAUACUUAUUCUAUGGAGCUGCCAGAAAGUAGCAGAAACUCUUCCUCUACUGAGCGGACUUAACUGUGUGGUCAACAAGCUACAUAAUCCGAGUGCACUUCCGAGGGUACACGGACCAGGGACCUCAUUCAUUGUUUCUUUUCUCUCAUCUAUCCAUCGAUUGUGCACAUCCACACUACUGUAUCCUAUGCUGUAGCUUUUCCUGUAAAGAUUGUAUUUCUCCUUGUCAUCAAUAUCACAGGUGCUCUGUAC